AUGAAGCAAGACGAAAGGCGUCGGACACAUCUCUACCGCCCUUCCAGUGCGGUCUUGGAAUUCCGGGCUGGAGCGCAGGAAGCAGAAAGGCGCACCUUCGACGAAAGGCAAGCAAGGUGGAAGGAUUACCUUCAGCACAACCUUCCUUGGGUCGCCUUGAUACUGCUCUCUGCAGCGAUCAUCAUUCAUCGGUUCAGCGCCGCAGUCGCAGACUGCUGCUCAUGCUUCAAGGGUCCGGGUUCCUCUCGCACUGCUGCGCCUGCGCCUGAAGUGGAGAUGUCCAGGAUGAGGCAGCUCGAGUUUGACUUGGUAGAAGCUCGGGCGCAGCUGCACAUGGCCAGAGAUUGGCCGUCGCCGCCAGGUCGACGAGAACUCCGCGAAGAAGCUGAGAAGGGACUCCAAAGCCGAGCCCUUCAAGUUAUGGAGGGCCCCAAGCUAUGGACAAAGCCCAAGGCUGUCGCAAGGAGCGUGAUGCAGCGAGUGCACGCUCCAUACCCAAACUACAUGUUGACGGCUCAUGGAGAAAGGAAGACUUGCCCCGGUCAAAGUAUAGGCAUCUACCGCUUAGUCAGCGACGAUAGUACUGCGACUGUGGAGACCCUCGAGGCAGGACACCGCAGCAGCAGCAUGAGUAGGACCACCGAGCUGGAUCGUUCCUGUUCAUCUCAACUCGUGUCGAGGCAGCCGGAUGCUGCAGUCUCGCCUGUUUGGACGGCUGAAGAUCUGGCAGAUGCAGACUUUGAUUGGACCAUAAUCGACGGCAAAGUGCUUGCCAUUGACGGAUUCAUUCCAGCUCAUCCUGGGGGACGUCUGAUUUGGUCGGCCGUAGGUCAGGAAGCUACUGACCUCUUCCGAGCUCAUCAUGCAUCGAAAGCCGCAGAAGUCGCGCUCGAGAAGUGUUUUGUCGGACAUUUCUCCACACAGAGACCCCGCAAACGCCUUCAGGAAGGAGAUAUUGGGUUUCGGGCCGAGCUCAACAAGAGAGUGUCACAUCUCCUGAAGAAGCCAAUGAUUCCUGUGGCAGAGGCGACAGCUGUUUCAAUGCUGCUGCUUUUCUGCUUCUGGGCUUUCCUUACAUACGUGGAGGGGUGGUUUUGGCUGAACGUACUGUGCAGUUGGUUUUGGUGGAGGCAUUUAGACGCUGCUUUGCAUAGCGCAGUCCACGGCGACUUCAGGUAUUCUCCGUGGCUGCAUCAUCAGCUGCUUCGUGUUUAUGCAGAGAUAUUCACCAUGCUGUCCACUUGCAUGAACGGCGCCUCCCAGGUCCUCGAGCCACCCGCCAGCAAGGCAAAGCUCUUGGAGCGUUGCAAGGAUGUGGCCUCCUGGUGGGCGGAGGCUCUCCUCAGCCCGGGCUACCAGGGUGCUUCAUUCCUCUUUCAGCCCUUCUGGCACGCGUUGGCCGCGUUGCUCCUCAGCAGAGCAGUGGCCAAACUGGUCCUUCUUCCGUUUGCUGAGGUUCAGCACUUCCUGAUGCCAGAUGCGCCCAGUCACGAGGACUUCGUGCUGCAGCAGCUUUCGACGACUGCUAACCUUCGCUUCACGAGCGCAGCUGCACGUCUCCUCGAUUUCCUUAUGUUUCAUGGUGACAGCUUGCAGGUGGAGCACCACCUUUGGCCGGCCAUGAGUUUCGUCCAGCUGCAGGAAGCUUCGCGCACGGUGAAGGCAACCUGUCGAGAGUUGGGUUUGCCGUAUACGGAGAUCGGCUACUUCGAAGCCUUUCUCAAGGCCGGGGGCACGCUGCAUCAGCAGGUCCUUGAGGAUGAGCUGCGAUACUUGGCCAAGCCUGAGGCUGGCAUGUCUCGCCGUGCAGCCGAGUUGAAGAAGGCCGAGGCUAUGCAUGGAGAGCUCCACAAGGAGCGGGAGGACGUCUUCCGAGCUCUGGCGCGGGCCUUGGCCCCGGGCCUCAAUGCCCGAGACCUGGCCGCCGUCACCGUCCACACCGCGGAGCAGGAGGAUGAAACUGUGGAGAGACCAGACGGAGGAGGCAAAAGUCUGCAGGCUGAGGGCUACUUGGGCCAGGUUUUCGAAGCUCUGCGUGACCGACGUCCGCUUCCGACUGCGCCAGUACAGUGGGAUCGACAAGAUGUCGUCAAUUGUUUGCGGACGUUAGUUGGAGCAUGGGCUCCUUUGCGGGUCGAGCUUCAUGAUUCUCUCAGUGGCGUCGAGGUGUUCCCGCAGCAGAAGGAGUCUCGCAGCCAGAAAAAGCAAAAAAAGAAGCAGAAGAAACACAAGGAGCAGCCGGCAGAAGCAGAGAUUGAGUUGAAAUUGGUCUUUUUGCCUGGCUGCGGCGAGCUUCACGGUGUGGUGGGCCAGAAGUGCAGCAAAGAGCAGGUGCAGGCUCUGAAGUCGAAACGGGAGGAGUUGCUGGAGCAGUGCCGGGAGGAUUACUGUCUGCUCGAGACCUUCCACGGUGGGCAAGGCCGCUAUUCGCGUGCAGAGCGGAGCUGGUGGGGUAUGCGCUGCAAAAUUGGCCGUGAAGCCCUUCUGGCAGCACUAUGGGUAGGCUCGGCCUCGGCUAGCUCCGAGUAUCUGGCCGCCCUGUGUCCAUCGGAGACAUGCAACGAGAUGAGCCAUCCUCUGCUGGACUUCGAUCAGGACACUCGUGAGUGUGUUUGCCGAUCGCAUCCUUGCUGGGAUGACAAUGGGCAGCUCCACACAUGCAGAGGCCAGAGCGGAUUUCCCUACCUAGCCUUCUUCUAUAACGAAAAGAAGGAGCUGCAGUGCGAGUGCAGCAGCUUUCCUCACUAUUCGUCCUUAUAUAUCUCCCGGGACCUUUGUGCCGGGCAUCGAUGCUUGGACCCUGCUCAUCCCGUUCUGGAUUAUGACGACGCCAAAGAUGAAUGUGUAUGCCGAUCUCAUCCAUGCUGGAAUGACAAGGGGAGGUCGCACAAAUGCGACAAGCCGCAGUUUCCAAUCCUCAAAUUCCGUCACGAAGAGGUGAACGGACGCCUCAAGAAUGUGUGCGAGUGUUCGAUAUCCAUGGAAAAGGACCAGUCAGUUCCCAUCAUGCCCUUUGACAAGCCUGGCGCCGAUCCCAACGAGGAGGAGUUCGAAGAGGACGAGGAGCGUCGCCUGCAUUUUCUUGAGUUCGCAUCAUUGUUUAGCCAUACCAGAGUUCGGGCCUGGGCGUGGACAUCGCUGGCCCCACGCCUGCAGGACCGAGCAAUCGAUCUCCCAGAAGAAGGACAAAUCAGGUUCGAGCAUGUCGAGAAGGCCUUGGGUCAAAUCACUUGGCCCAACUGCUUUACGAGAAACAAUGUGAAGCCUGACGGAGCUCCGUUCAUCGAGGCCUUUCCUCUGGGCAUCGUCCUCAACUACUGCCUCGGCUUGGUUUGCUCACGUGCUACCCGUCUCUGGCCAACUCUGACCAAGCUUCUUGCCAAGUUCAUCCAGCAGGAGCAGCCAGACUUCAGGUACACAACGAUGCAGCUGAACAAGAACUAUGCCACGAAGAUGCAUGUAGAUGCCAACAAUCACGGACCGAGCUUCAUCAUAGGGUUAGGUGAUUACAAGGGUGGUGAAGUUUGGAUCUACGACGAAAAUGGAACGGUGGAGAUGGAACUGCCGUGUACUCUACGCGGCUGGAGUCAUCUCAGGCCAGGGCAGAAAGUCCCUGGACGGCUCGAGGAUUGUCGCAACAAGUGGCUGAAGUUCGAUGGGAACACGCCGCACAUGACCAUGCCAUAUCAAGGCUCCCGCAUCAGCAUCGUGUACUUCACGCGCAAAGGCUGGCUGACCAUGCUGCCAGAGACGAAGGAUACACUUGAAACAUCCGGCUUCAUGCUGCCGGGCGAGGACUACCAAAGUCUGUGCACAACGAAGGAGGACCCCCAGGCACAGGCCAAGAAAGUCGCAAAGGCACCGCGGAACAUGGUAGCGGCUCAGGAGCAGAUUGCUAUUGACAGCGAUGAUGAGGUGGAUGAGGAUGAACAGGUGGAUGAAGUACUGCGAGCCGAGCAAGAUUCGGCCGCAUGGCCUUCCGGGGAAUGGGCACGGAGCCUGCGCCGACUCCUCUACGACUCCAGUUGCAAGUUGGUGGAUGAUGCGCAUGAACUGAGCGUCACCAUCUGUGGAAAUGCAACUUGCGCGGGCAUUGCAUUGCAGGAGUUCCUGAGUGAAGUCGCCCCAUUCACAAUCUCAUCAGCCCAUGUGUCAGGUGCCUCGGGACCCCUUCGUUUGUUGAAGCGGACCUGCAAGCCCCAGCACGUGUUUUGCGAUCUGAAUGCGGCGCUUGCUGGGUCCGGCCACUGUGAAGUACAACAUAAAGCAUGUAAGUCCACUCGCACGGAGAAUCAGGAUUUCCUAUUUGCGAGUUUUCCUUGCGAGCCGUUCCUGAAUUUGGAUCCAUCAAAGCCUAGUUGUUUUGAUGAUCCAAAAUCAGCAACAUUCCUCUCUGUUCGCUCGCAUUUGGGUCUCCGACAACCUCGUGGUUGCUUGCUUCAUUGUGAGGGUUGGCAUCUCUUGCCAGAGGCUUCCCGGCCGUCCGUGUACAGCUUCCUCAUGGAAGGUGAAGACCCACGCAACUCCGAGGAUCGGCAGGUUGACUGGGGUCUCAGCCGCCUGCAGAACUAUGGCGCGGCCUUUGUCGAGCUGCCCUUAAUGAAGUUUGGGGUUCCCCUUGCUGGGCCAGAUGCGUUUAUCAUAUUGAUCCGGGCUGAUUGUGGCGGCCGUGAAGCUGCUGAUGCAGCAGCAAAGCUUAUGCACGCAAUCGGGGAGCUGAAGCUGCCGGGCGAGCGAAAGCUGCUGCCAAGUUGUACGGUGGGUGCCUUGAUGUUGCCGGAGGAGGACCCACGUGUGGUGAAUGGUGUGAGGGAGGCGAAGCAACUGGAGAAGGCUGAGCGGGCUGCUGGCGGUCGCAGGAAGGCGCCGAAGAGCAACACCCGGCAGCUGACAGUUGAGGCUCGAGAGUUGGGACUUCAACCCGGUGAUGCUCGAUACACCGAGUUUCUCAGAGGUUCGAAGCCGCCUCGGGACAAAUGGCUCAAGCAGGCAGCACCCGACAAGGUGGUCGUCCUCAAUCUUAUUUACGAGCGCUGCAGGCAGAGUGGACAGGACAUCUCAAACCUCUGCGCAGACCUUUCUCAAGGAUUUCAGCCGAUUGGACGCAGAGAUGACGGACUCCUGCCCCGGCCGAGCCAAGUUAGCAAAGCCACCACCGACAGGCCCGAGUACUAUGCCUUCAGUCAUCAUAGGGCCUUGGUCGGUCAGGAGAUCCUGCUCUGCCACGGAUACCCAAUCUGGAGAAUGGACUUCCGCGGACUUUCGGAGGCAGAGGUCCUGCAGCUGGCAGCAGGUUCGCCUGCCGUUCCCGCAGUUGGUGCUGGCAUCGCUGCUAUCUUUGCGGUUCUUGACUUGGGCCUAGGACGAAAUCUGAAGCUCCCCAAGUCUCGCCUGCAUGAGCUUGUGAAGGACUUCGUCGAACCUGCUGCGCAGGCUUCCCUGACUGCGCCAUCGACUGAAACUGCAGAGCUUCGCAUUUCGGCAACCUGCAUCCCUAGCCGCCGCCCCAUGGCGCCAAAGAAGCGGCCUGCGGCAGUCGCGGUGACAGCGGCCGUGAAGCGCCCGGCGACAGCGAAGAUCGCCGCAAAGAAGCCAGCUUCACGGCAGGAUUCAGUGUCGUGCCCACACUCUGUGGCUAACUUUUGGGAGGCGCUGGUGACAAGCCUGGAGCUCCACCUCAAAGUUGACUUCCAGCGGCAGUUGUUCUCCGGUGAGUGCAAGCUUGUUGUUGACAAGCUGAAGCCUGGGGUAUGCGACGUCGUUCUUGAUGUCCUCGAUUUGGCCAUACAUAGCAUCACAGACGAGGAUGGCGAGCCGGUGGGGUGGCGUGUGGAGACUCCUGAUGGAUCGAAAGCCAAGUUUGGAAAGGCGUUGUUUGUGACUCUACCUCCAGGCACACGAUCCAAGAUUUGCGUACGCUAUGAGACAACGGAAAAGAGCACGGCAAUUCAGUGGCUAACCAGGGAGCAGACCACGGGCAAGAAGCAUCCACUAUGUUUUACACAAAGCCAGGCAAUAUGUGGGCGAUCACUUCUUCCCUGCCAGGACACCCCUUCUGUCAAGGCCACCUUCUCGAUUAGCGUGACGGUGCCAGCACCGCUUAUGGCUGUGGCAUCCGGAGAGCCAGUGGGGGAACCCACAGAAGCAGAUGGACUGCGCACCUUCACGUACGCACAGAAGGUUCCCGUGAUGUCCUACCUUAUUGCUGUAAUUGUAGCAGAAUUUGAAUCUCGAGUCAUCGGGAAGCGUAGCCGCUGCUACGCUGAGCCAGCCAUCAUGGAGGCAGCCCGGCAGGAAUUCAGCGAAAUCGUGGACGAAUUCUUGGAGACCGCUCAACGGGUGAUUGGUGGUGCAGAGUAUGAGUGGGGCAGCUAUAACAUGGCGGUGUUGCCCUCCUCUUUUGCCUAUGGGGGCAUGGAAAACCCUAAUUGCACCUUCUUGAGUGCUUCAUUGAUUCCUGGCGACCGAAGCCUCACAACCACACUGGCACACGAGAUUGUUCACUCAUGGAUAGGGAAUUUGGUGACGAAUGCUUACUGGAAGGACUUCUGGCUGAAUGAAGGCUUCACCCGUUAUAUCGAGCGGAGAAUCCUGGGCAACAUUCACGGCGCUGCUUUUCGCGGCCUCCUGCUCCUGGUUGGGUACAACGACCUCGUCAAGACCGUCGACAUGUUGAACAAGCAGGGCAGCUCUGGGUUGACGCGCUUGGAACCCGACAUCGACGAUAUUGACCCAGAUGACGCGUUUUCGCGAGUGCCAUAUGAGAAAGGCUCGCUGUUUCUGUUCUACUUGGAGCAGCUCGUGGGAGGAGAGGAGCCUAUGACAAAGUAUCUGCAGUCUUAUAUCCAGAAGUUCCGUGGUCGCAGUAUCCAGACAAGUGACAUGAAGGCUCAUUUCAUAGAGUUCUUCAAAGGGGUGGGCGAGCUAAAGCAAGUUGACUGGGAGCUUUGGCUGCAUGGCGAAGGGAUCCCCGACUUCGAUCUCACGGCUCACGUUGACAAGACCUUGCUCGAGGAGAGCCGCCAAGCGGCAAACCGCUGGCUGGUGGAAACGCCCCAGGAUCUUCAGAUCAUGUCUCUCAAAGCGCAGCAGGUGAUGCUGAUUCUGGAUCACUUGAUCAAUGCUUUGGCAGAUGGCCAAAGCCUUUCGCAUGAGAAGCUCGCGGCCAUGGACGGUCAGUACAACCUCUCUGGCACCAGGAACGUGGAAAUUGGCUUCAGGUGGUGCCUGCUCGGAUGUCGCUGCAAAUGGCCCGGAUGCCUGCCGGCGACAGAAAGCUUCCUCGCUAGCCACGGCAGGGGCGUGUAUGUGAAGCCACCUGGCACGUGCUGCUGCGGUGAGUUCGUGUGCUUUUGCGAGAGAGACAGAGAAAAGAGACAGAGAGAGAGAGAGCGGGAGCGAGCGAGCGAGCGGCGAAACGGAGACAUGGGUACGUAG